CGUUACUAUCUGAAAACCCAUAAAUUGGUAAUUGAUCAACCGAGAAGGCGUCCCAUGCCCUAACACUUCACCUAGCUUCGGUGGUGCUUGCUUGACGGUGCUCUGUGGCCGGAAACCUCACCAUUCUAACCUCCGAUUCGUACGUAAGGAAGAAGAAAAGAGAAUUUCUGGUCAGUUCUUUGAAUCUUCAUCUUCGGCGACCAUGAAGUUUCGGUAUGCAAUGGUGUGCUCUUCGAACCAGAACCGAAGCAUGGAAGCUCACUCCAUCCUCAAACGACAGGGCUUUGAUGUGUGUUCUUAUGGAACUGGUGCCCACGUUAAGCUCCCUGGGCCCUCCCUCAGAGAACCCAAUGUCUACGAUUUUGGAACUCCCUACAAACAGAUGUUCGACGAUCUUCGCAGAAAAGACCAAGAACUCUACAAGCGAAAUGGGAUUUUGCCAAUGCUUAAAAGGAAUUCAGCAGUAAAAUUGGCACCUCAACGAUGGCAAGACAAUGCUGCUGACGGAUCCUUUGACAUCGUUUUUACAUUUGAAGAAAAAGUUUUUGACAUGGUUGUUGAAGAUCUCCACAACAGAGAUCAUGUUCUAAUGAAAACUGUGUUGAUUAUAAACUUGGAGGUGAAAGAUAACCAUGAGGAGGCUGCCAUUGGAGCCAGGCUUACUUUAGACCUUUGCCAGGAUAUUGAAGCAGCUGAAUCAUGGGAGGAGUCCAUUGAUGACAUCGUUGCCGCUUUUGAGAAACAACACCGGCGAAAGCUGUUGUACAGCGUCUCCUUCUACUAAAGAAAGAGCCAAAGCAGUUUGUUUCAGGGAGGAGUGCGAAUACUCCCAUUGGCCGACAGGUAUUUAGGAACUUGUAGUCAAGGAGUCGGUUGGUGGUGUUUGAAUUUUGCUGACAGCAUGUUGUGGUUGAUUUUGAUAACUUUUGUAUUUUCAGUAGCUGGUUAAUUAGGAUGUAAACAGAACGGGGUGCAAAAUGUAAUCUUGUAAAUGAGAACUAUUUUUUUAUCUUUAAAUUAACAAAUCUA